AUGGCCGAGUGUCGCGUUCAGUCGGCGCUGAUGAUACGUAAUUUCCCGAAUAUUUUCACUGCCGAAGAUGCUGUUAAUUUACUGAAAUAUUUUGGCGCCGUCUCGGUUAAAACAUGGACUAGACGGGGGCAGUUGGAAGCCCUUGCUGACUUCAGAUCCGAAGCUGAAACUAUCGUGUCUCUACUUCGACUGCACCAACAGUUCAUUGGAGGUCGAAGAUUGAGAGCAGUUUUCGCCAGCCCGAGUGACACCGUUCAAAGUGAGAACAGUGGAAAUGAAGUCGCAAAAGAUGUGGUCCAAGGAGAAAUUCCCUGCAUUCAAAUGUGUGAAUUGGACGUCGAUGCGAACGAGUGUGUUCCACAGUUAUCCAAAGUUAUGUUGCUGCGAAUCGCAAAUGCGAUUGCAAAACAUGAAAGGUUUUAUCGCGCUGUUCUUGCUUUGAUGAGGAAGCUUGGUUUUCCGAAUCCAUCUGAAAUAGGUCAUGACCUGUUUGACGACGUUGAUCUGGAGCCUCUUCAACAAACCUUGCCUCAAACGGAAGGGGAUGAAAUGGAUGUUUCAUCAGGAUCCGAUGAAGAAAGUGAACUAGAAGAUGAACCUGGUGAAGCGUAUACACCACACGUCAUUCCGAGUGCGCUUCCCAAGCGUUCAAGCAAGUCAACGACUUCAUCUCGUCGUAAACGAGUAAAAAAUCUUCUGAAAGCAGAACUGCGUCAAACUGAAACUGCUGUGGAAAUGCCAAAUCCUGGCAAGCGGAAAAGUGUUCCGGCGGAAACGCUGUUCGAUUCCGUGAAGAGAGCUAAAACGGAAAUCUUUGUUACUACGAAUUUACGGCUUCCUGAUGCUGGAAGUGACAUAAAUUCGCAUGCGAAUGAAGAUCAAGACGCUGAAGGGUUUGGUUCUUUCGGAAAUUCAGGAAAGGAUGAGUCUGGAAGUGACGAAUUUUUCACCAGAAAAUAUAUUUUGAAGAAUCGAAUUGCCGAGAAAGAUUUUUCUCAAUUGGCUCCGUUCAAAAAUUAUGUGCCUGGUGAUCCAGUAUCUCGACUGUAUAUAAAAAAUUUGCCGAAAAACUGCACGGAAGAAGACGUUCGGAAAGUCUUCGGAGCGUACGUGGACUGGUCAAACGCCGAAGAGGCCGCGAGGUUUGACCUGAAAGUUUUGAAAGAAGGUAGAAUGAAAGGUCAGGCGUUUGUGAGCAUGCCGAGCGUUGAAACUGCUGAAACAGCCCGGAGAGAAACGAACGGAUUUUCGCUAAAGGGCAAAUCAAUUGUCGUUUGUUUCGCGCGUUCCGGGAAACCUGUUCAAUAAAUUAACUUGGUGAGUUUUUAUAUUUACA